AUGCUCAAGCAGCUCGAGGCCAUGGCUGUGGAGAGAGCCAAGGCUUCCCAGCCCGGCCCGUCCGAUGGCAUUGGACCUCAGCAAAAAGACUCCAAGGAGCUGUGGGAGCAGUUCAACUCGACCCCGCUGUUCAUGAACUCUCUGCCGGAGGAUGCAGAGCAAAACGAGACGCUGAUGGCGCUGCAGUCGCUCAUCUACGACGGAACACAGGAGGAAAUCGCCGAGAACUUCAAGAACCAAGGCAACGAGGCCUUCAAGGACGGGCCAAAACGGUACAAGGAUGCCAUUGGCUUCUACACCCAGGGAAUCGAUGCCAAGGCCAACGACGAUGCUCUGAACUCGGUGCUGUUCUCGAAUCGCGCGGCAGUCAACCUGGAGCUUGGAAACUACCGCCGGACCCUCAACGACUGUGCCAGUGCGCUCAAGUUCAACCCCGCAAACGUCAAGGCAUACUACCGCUCGGCCAAGGCCUGUCUUGCUUUGGACAAGUAUGAGGAGGCCCUGGACUGCUGCGAGCGCGGCCUGCUGCACGAUCCGCAGAACAAGGCCCUGGUCGCCGAGAAGGGCAAGGUCGUCAAGAAAAUGGCCGAGAGGGACGAGAAGCAGCGAAGGCAGCGCGAGCGAGAGGCACUGAAGAAGCAGCAGGAGGAGCGCAUCAAGGCCGCCAUCGAACUCCGGGGCAUCCGACUGAUCACCAAUGCACCCAAGAUCGACCCGGAUACCGAAGAAGUCACCAAAACCGCCCCGCACCCCCUUGCCGAUGAGCACCGGGUCCGGUUUGAUGCCGGCUCCGACCAGCUGGUCUGGCCUGUUCUGUUCCUCUAUCCCGAGUAUCACGACUCGGACCUGAUCACCCAGUUCUACGAGGACGACACCUUCGCCGCCCACCUCGCCGAGAUGUUUGCCGAGCCGCCGCAGUGGGAUGCCAAGCGAGAGUACAACCCGGACACCCUCGAGAUGUACUUUGAGACACGCAUGACCGAGGAGGAGAUCAAGCGAAACCCCAAGGAAGCGCACCCUCGCCUGCUCAAGAUCGGCAGGGAUAUGAAACUGAUCGAGGUGCUGAGCCACCCCGACUUUCGGGUGGUCGAUGGUGUGCCGACGUUCUUUGUGGUCGCUGGCGGCUCGGCCUUUGCCAAGGCAUUCCGCAAGAGCUACAAAAAGAAGACACCCAAGUAG